AGCAAAGAUCAGAUUUUACUGCCUAACAUCUAAAGCAAAGAAUUGAAGAAAUUAUACAACAUUCUUCAAUCAGAGAGACAUCAUGGCCACUUCGUCGCUGGCGCAUCCUUCUCGGAAGAUCUUGCUCGUGGUGACCACGGGAGGAUUUACUCAUGCAGCCCCGGUGUUUGAAAUAGGCAGGGCCCUCGCUGAAAGAGGCCAUACCAUUGAAUUCGCUACCUUGGAAGGGCAAGAGCGCUGGAUUAAUGGAUAUGAAUUCAUCACGAAGAUUCAUCUGCUGGGCCCGGGCCCUACCGAAGAGCAGCUCGACGCCCACUACCGGCGAAUGCGAGCCUGGGAUAUCUCAAAAGGAAUCGGUGGGACGAUGGAGUCCAAAUACAUGUUCGAUUCCUUCUGGCCGCAGACUUAUCGCGGUUUAAAGGCACUCAUGGAUGACCCUGCCACUCGACCUAGCAUGAUGAUAGCCGAUUUCUUCGUGGAUGCGGUCAAAGAUAUGCUUGUCGAGUACCACCUGCCCAUUGCCACAGUCUCACCAAUAAUGCCAAUCCUCAUGAUGCCUUGCUCAUACAUUCCUGGCGAGCCUGGCUUUCAGUUGGAGGGGACUCUUACCUCGGAAACGGCAUCAAUGUGGCUUCGCAUCAGGAACGAACUAGUUGUGAUCCUCGAACUCCCAACCAUCAUCAAAUGGAUGAAGUGGACCGACCGGAUGCGGCGCCGCGCUGGAGUCAAUUAUCCAGUGCACAAGAUAAAGAAGCCGGAUUAUCUGAUUUUUGUCAAUUCAUUCUUCGGCCUGGAAAUCCCGCGGGAUCUCCCACCAACGUGCGCCGCGGUAGGGCCGCUUUUGAGUGACACCUAUCCCCCGUUGGAUACAGAUUGCGAGAGAUUCCUCUCCCAACACAAGUCCGUCAUCUACAUUGCGCUCGGUACACACAUUAUCCUGAGCAACAAUGACGCCACUAAGAUCAUCAAAGCUCUGCUCCGUUUGAUGGAGGACCAUUUGAUCGAUGGUGUGAUUUGGGCCGUGGCCAAGAGCGGCCGACAAGAUCUGGACCCCCAGAAGACGUUUCAAACCAAGCAGGGUGAAAAGAAUGUCACGCUCCGACUGGCCGAUCUGCUGAGCAACAGCCAUCCCGAUUGGUUGUUCUCUUUUUUCGCGCCGCAGCGAGCCAUCCUGGACCACGAGUCGACCAAGAUAUACUUCACCCAUGGAGGUGGAUCGAGUGCCAACGAGGGUCUCUUCCAUGGAAAGCCUAUGCUCUCCAUGGGUAUAUUCAUGGAUCAGAUCCAAAACACCUCGCGCCUGGUCGCCGGCGGCUCGGCCGAGCCCUUGAACAAGUUCCACUUCACUUCGGACGAGCUGCACACCAAGGCCAAGAAAAUCCUUGAGGAUCGGGACGGUACCUACUACCGCAAUGCAUUGCGAUUGAUGCGCAUCGCUCGUGUCGCAUCGCGACGCAAGUACCAUGCCGCAGAUCUGGUCGAGGAGUUGAUGUAUGAUAAUGAGCUGCGAUACAAAAAUGGACGCGAGAUUCGCCCCAUGCAUCUCCAGACAGCAGACAUGCGCAUGCCGGCAUACAAGGCCAAGAAUUGGGACAUGUAUGCUGCCUGUGCCCUGGGCUUAACCGCGGUGGUGGGAUCGACCAUUUUUGGCAGCCAGUUGUUGUGGACCCAUCGGGCUUCUCUCAUCGAGCCGGUUCAAUCAUUUUUGACCAGCCAGGAUUGGUUCAAGAAUAUUUUGCGAAAGUAGGCAUUUAUUCCUUUUUUGCUAUUUUUAAUUUUAUUUUAUAUUUUUAACGACAUAUCUUAUACUGCAAGUAAUUUGAUUCUCAGCGUUACACGUUUAAACUGUGUUCGGUUCUCAACACAAAUUUAACUUAGGGUUCAAUUAUCAGACUGAAUAUUAUCGGCUC